UUUAUGACAAUGGUUGAGAAUGUUACUAUUCGCCGGCUCGUCAAGCCCACAGCAGAUGAACUGGAUCAAAUAGCCAGUAUCGUAGUCACGACCUUGAAGGACGGCGAUUCCAUUAUGCGAGCCGGAACCUCCGGAGAUGAGCAGCUCAUGCAUGCGUUUGCUCGGAGUGUGGCCGCUGGAGCGGCGGCAGGUGCCCAUCAGUACGGAGCCUUUCUCAAUGACACCAACCGCAUUGUCGGUGCCAUAGCCUUUUAUGGUCCCGGUAUCGAAAUCUGUGGAGACGAGACGCAGAGGUCACAAGGGUUCGACGACUUCUUGAAAAGCCUUCCCAAAAGUGCCCUCGAUUGGUUUGCUAAGUUUCUGCCCGAGUACGCUGCCAUCUCCGAUGCCGCAAUCGGCCCCGGUGUCAAGAAUGCGUCGUGGACAAUGAACAGCUUCGGUGUACUCUCCGAAUACCGCGGACGCGGGAUUGGACGAGCGCUCCUAGAAGCCGGCGAAGCACUGGCCAGAGCCGAUGGUAUUCCCAUGAUCUUCGAGGCCGAAGAGAAACAUAACAUUUCCAUGUAUCAGCAUUUCGGAUAUCGAGUCUUUGGCGAGCAAAGCCUGAAGGGUGGCAACGGUGUUGAAGACUUCACCCUCACAAUCUUGAGGAAAGAUUUCCCGUAAUGUCAGCCUGAGUCGUAUAUUUUGGUUGUAUGAGAACGAGUAUUUGUGCCGGUCGCGUUCAGUCGCUCUCGAAAAUAUUGGUGUUCCGCAUACCACGCCUUUAUUCCGCCAAUAGCUCGUGCGACAUGAUGAUCUGCAUAGAAAGAUGUCUGGAAUCCAGGAUCCGGGUACAGGCGCAACAAAUGCAAGACUCAUAACCGUAGCUGUGCUCGCCUUCCGUGGCGAGCGCUACACUCGAGU